AUGGCAGAAUACAAAGCUUGUAUCAUGGGUCUGAAAAUGGCCCUCUAUCUAGAUGUGCAUGAACUAUUGGUUAUGGGAGAUUCCGACUUGCUAAUCCGGCAAGCCCAAGGUGAAUGGGAGACUCGAGACAUCAAGCUUAUUCUGUACAAACAAUGUGUGCAAGACCUGAGCAAAAGAUUCAAAUCCAUCGAGUACAGGUACAUUCCCAGGUUUCACAACGAGCUAGCCGAUGCCUUGGCUACUUUAGCCUCGAUGCUCCCUUAUCCAGGCAACACUCAUAUUGAUCCACUAGAAAUCCAAGUUCGGAAUCAAUAUGGUUAUUGUAAUACAAUUGAGACAGAACCAGAUGGUGAACCAUGGCUCCGCCGUAUAGCACAAGUCACAAUUGAAGCUUGCAGUUUCAAUUUCUCAUCAGAAGAAAGAAGUCUUUCGAUCACAAGAUAG